AUGGCGCAAAAAAAGGAAGAGUCUUCUAGUUCAAGCUUAAAAUCUCUGACUAAGGUGCCCUUCAACUGUUGGUGGAGUGACCAAGUGCUGUCUCCAACAGAAGACAACAACCAAAGCGCAGCAACUCCUUACCGAGAUUUUGUACUCAUAAGCGAAUUUUCGGAGCUGGAAGGACCGUUGCCAUUAGCUAUCGUUACAGAGACAACUUACAUUGAUCUGAAGCAUUAUACAAACACAGUUUUGGAUAGAUCAUUGCAGCAAGAUUUGAAAAAGAUCGGCCUGGAGUCAUUUGAUUUCAAUUCUUUUGUUCUUCGCGUUGUAUCAGUGGAUAGAAGCACAGAAUACGAGCAAAUUGAUGAAGAGUCCAAGGAGCAGCAGGCACCCAUGACUCCAUCGUCUCUGCUUGAGGAAUCUCAAGCGCCAUGUUUGUUCUCGAUCCCGGAUGAUACACAGGUGUAUUUCACAGAUUCUGAACACAAAUUUUUUGCUUUUACGCAUCAUCUAACGUUAUUCGAUAUCAAUGCAAGAGGCUAUGUUCAUCCAGUAGCUUUGUCCUACAUCACACGAGAUCCAGACAAGAUUGUAAUUCGAUUCGAGGAAUUGAUGGAGAAAUUCAGUGAAGUGUCCAUACGGAUGAAGAAGGGAAACUACUCCAACUUUACGCUUGACUUGAAAUGUAGAUUACUGGACUUAGAAUAUACGCAAUCAACGCAAGCAUUUUCUGCCAACACAACCAACAAUUGCAACAAGCAGCCACUGCAGCAGCAGCAGCAGCAGCAGCAGCAGCAGAAACCUGCUCUGUCCAUGCAGGCUAUCCAGCAAGCAAUCACAGCGACCAAACUCAUGAUAGACACCUUGGAAUCGAGCACAAGUCAAAUCAACAACAUGACAUCGAACCGUACUACAGAAGCUGCUGAUACCUUGCGCGCGGAAAGGAAAAAGGUGUCGACACAAGAGAAUGAGGCGCUUGCAUCCAAACAUGUGGCAAAAGAGCAGCAUUUCGUUGAUCCGCCCAAAGAUUACAAACCUAAAUGCAUCGAUACACUCUAUCCUGUAGCUCAUUUUGAGAGGAAGCUGCGCUCAUUAGCACAGUUGUGUCAGGAGCCUGAUGAAGGGGAGGAGGAGAACAAGCAAGACACUGAACAAAGCAACAGCCAUAUCAAGCGACCCAGUGUCACACAAAAAACUGCUGCCAUGAUACCACUAGUGUUUUCCAUGAUUGAGCCUUCAUCCACACCUUCUAUGUCAGUUUCAUCUUCAUCAGCAACAACAGCAACCAUCACCUCUGUAUCCAACAGCCCCCAACGUCCUACUUUUGCAAACGCCAUCACGCAUGACAUGUACGCUGAAGCCAUCAAGUACAUCCAAGACAUGACGCACUGCCUGGGACAAAGCAGUGUCGUGCUCGAUGUGAAUGAAGAAGAAGAGCUGUUUUUGGAUCCCAAGUCAUCUGCAUUGACAUUUGGACGCACAUUUAUGCUGAAUAUGGAUAAUCCUCAACCUAGAGAAAAAGAAGAACUGAAUGCACCAGCAAGUCCAACAGGAAAGGACGAUGAAAAGGAGAGACUGAAUGAAGAGAAAAGCAACGCAUCUGAUAGCAAAGCAGCAGCAGCAGCAGCUGUCGAGAAUGUCUCCUUUACAGACGAUGAGCAUCAUACCCACUGUCAUAACGAAGAAGAAUUAUUUUACCCAAUACUGUUUGCUCCAACACAAGUGUGGAGGUCUGAAAGUCGCGGUGCUACAAAAACGCAUUUACUACAAGUACUGCGACGAUACCAAUCCUUGGUGGUGGAUGUUAUCUUUUCCCUGUUAAUUGGAAGAACAGUGAUUAUUCAGGGCAGUGAAAAGAAUAAAAGCCUGGUGCAGCAAGUAGUGCAAGCACUCUCUGUCUUUGUGCCGGGCCAGAGUCGAGAGAGAAAUCAGGUUAUUGAAUGGUUUGAAACUGCCAAACUGACAGAUGCUCAAAUCAAAGGCAUCAAAUUGGUGGGCGUUGACAAAAAUUGCAUGGAUCCAAGCAUUCAUGUAGAUAGUAGUUGUGUCCUGGACAUUGAUGUCAAGAAUGGAUCUCUCAACUCCAGUCCGGUCUACGUAGAAGGGCAAUGGAUUAACCAGCUGUUGGAUCGAAUGAUGCUAUUUUCAUCGGAUGAGUCCUAUCUUGCUUAUUUGCAUACUGUGUUCAUGAACAUAUCGCUAAAAGCGUUUGUAUAUCAUCACCUUUACGUCUGCGAAGAAUUCAAACUGGAUGAAAGCCCUCCUCCAACGACACCAAGCAAUAGCAACAAAGGAUACACUUCUGAAACUGGCUCUGAAAGCAGCACUUUGAGUCGAAAGUGGAGUGUGCGACUUAUGAAUUACCUCAAAAAGCAUGAAGACCAAGAAAGCAGCACUAGCACAACAGCAUCAUCGAUGACAUCUUCUGGCGCGUCAUCUCUUCAGGGCAGUGAAGAUGAGGAAGAUGAGGACUAUUCUGAAGAAAACCAAGCUACUGUAACACUACAGAGUUUGAAUAGCACGCAUUAUCCCCAUACCACCACCAACAGCAGCAACAGUACGCACAAUAAAAACAAGCCAAAUACUAUUAUUGGCUUAUUCCAGCAAGAUGGACCUACAACAGCUACCACUACAGCGACGCCGAGCCAAUAUAUAGAUCAUACUACCUUGAAUGACGUGCGUCGUGAAAGUAUAUCCACAACCUACAGUGUUAGUAGUCGCAGAGAUCUGAGUCCUUCUGAUGAUAGCAGUCGUACCAGCAGCGAUGAUGAUGACGAUGAGGAGGAGGAUACAUUUAGCCAACGCAUGAGGAUGGCAGAAAACGCAUCUUAUCUCGAUUUUGAAGCCGAUGAUUUAGUUCAGUUUAGUGAUACGCGCGAUAGCGAUGAUAGCUCAACGGGUGGUGAAAGCGAAGAGGAUACAAGGUUGUCGAAAGAACACGAAAAGCCAAAUUAUAGUAGAAGAAGAGGAAAGCAUAAGUUUAGAAAGCCUUCGGAUGUUGGACCUGAUGGUGUAUCGUUUACUGAAAGAAGAGGCAGAAGAUAUUUGCAGGAGAAACUAAAGGUGUAUGGUGAUGAUCAAACCAUUGUAGUUUACCUUGCUACAUGUGUCUUGUGA